AUGGUCAAAAUAUGGAGAGUGUGAGGAAGGAUUCUCAAGGAUAUCUUGCCUUUCAAAGUCUAAAUUCAUUGAAAGUUGGUAACUGUGCUUCCCUGAAAUAUCUUUUUCCAACUUCGGUUGCGAAGGGCCUUGUGCAACUUGAGGUCUUAGAGAUAUUUGAUUGUGGGGUGGAGGAACUUGUUGCAAACGAAAAUGGACUUGAAGAAGUGCCAAUUUUUUUAUUCCCUAAACUAACCUCUCUCAAACUUACUAAAUUAUACCAGCUCAAGAGAUUCUAUCGAGAUAAGUAUUCUUUGGGAUGUCCACUCUUGAAAACAUUGGCGGUGUGCAAUUGUGACGAAGUGGAGCUAUUGCUGCAAGAAAAAAGUCUUGAAAGUGAAGUUGAUAAACAACCUCUCUUCUUGAUGGAAAAGAACACAUUUCCUAAUGUGGAAGAACUGAAAUUGGGCUUUAAGGGCCCCAUGGAGACAUUGUUGAGCCAAUUUUCAAGGGAGUCAUUUGGCAAACUAAGAGUUUUGGAGAUAAAAGCGUGUCACGAUGUUUUGGUUGUGAUCCCCUCUAGUAAGCUGCAAGUAUUACAUGACCUAAAGCAACUCAUCGUGAGAAAUUGUAGUUCAGUGAAAGAGGUAAUCCAAGUGGAAGGUCGUGUGGGUGAGACACUUCCACAGUUAACUAUAAUGUACUUGGAAAAUCUACCUAUGCUUACACAUCUAUCUGGGUUCGGGCCAUUUCUUCAAAAUCUUCAUUCUCUACAAGUAUCUAAAUGUGGAAAGUUGAUAAAUUUAGUAUCACCCUCCAUGGCUAAGACUUUGGUGCAACUAGAAGAGCUUACUGUGAGCUAUUGUGAUGAGGUGAAAGAAAUAGUUGAAAAUGAAGGAGGUGAAGCAACGGAUGAUAAGAUUGUUUUCACUAAAUUAAAAAAGCUAAAACUUCAUUUUUUGCCAAAUUUGAAAAGCUUUUGCUCAGCAAGAUACACCUUCAUAUUCCCAUGCUUGACAGAAAUGCAGGUGAAAAGAUGCCCUGAGAUGGAAAUUUUUUGCAAGGGAGACUCAAUCACACAAAGGUUAGAGAAAGUACUGAUGAGUGAUCAUAGACCAUGUUGGGAGAUUGACCUGAAUACUACCAUACAGAAGAUGUUUAUGGAGACGCAUCCCAAGGAAGAGGAUUCUAAGGAAGAAAUUCCUGAUGAAGAAAAUGCUGAGGAAUGGAAUUCUAAAGAGCAACAUCCCAGGGUACAGGAUUCUGUGGAAGAAGACACCAAGGAAGAGGAUUCUGAAAGAAGAGAAAGUGGAUCCUUAGAGCAAAGAUCCUCAUGAGGAAGACUAAGUUCAACUUUUCACAUACAAAACAAAGAAAGGUUUUUCCUUCACAUCUGCAUGGUAUAUGUAUGCAGAACUUGGCUUCAUUUGAGGACAUGUAUUGAUACCAUCCCAGUUAGAGAGAUGCUUGUAAUGAAUUUUCCAUUAGUCUUUUUGUAUUCUGAGGGAAGAGAUUUUAAAGCUGAAGUCAAAGAGCUUGGGAGGAUAACUCAUGAGAUGAAUUGAUACGUGGCCAAUGAACUUUUCUUCAUCUAAAACCGACUUUGGGUGGGUGGCUCUCUUUCUUCUUCAAUGUGUGAUACGUGUACCGUGGCACCCAAAAGACUAGUGUUCAACAUGUGUGUGUAAAAUUAAGCAUUUGUGCACAUUUCAU